CUAAACACGUUUAUUCCUUAGUUGUACUUUCCAAUCAAAUUUGCAAGGGAGGUUUUCUCGCCAAUAUCAUGGAGAUCCAAAGCACUAUUUCUGACGAAGAAAAGAUGCAAAUGAUGGGAGUGGAAUUAGAACGUUUGUCACAAGAAAAUAAGGAGCUUCAACAAUUUAUUGAUGCAAUGAAUAACAAGUUCAAGCACCUUCAAGCUUAUGUCAACAAGAUAAUGUAUGAAAUGGGAAGUCAUUCUAGUUUACCCUCACCUGAAUUGAUCAAGGAGACUCCCAUCGAACCUCUGAAGGCAAAUACUUCGCAUGUUCUAGUACGAACGGGUGAAUCUAAUCCUUGCUUGAUUGUAAAGGAUGGAUACCAAUGGAAAAAGUAUGGGCAGAAGGUUACUAAAGAUAACUCAUCUCCUCGAGCCUAUUUUCGAUGUUCUAUGGCCCCAAGAUGUCAUGUUAAAACAUCAUGGAGUCAUGUUCAGCGAUGUGCAGAUGACAGCUCGGUUCUUAUGGCAACAUACGAAGGAGAGCACACCCAUCCAUUACCUGGGUCUGAAGAAUUCAAUGGCUCAGCUUCAUCAAGAAAUAGUGAUGGCCAAAGAACAUCCUCGAUGACCCUCGAUCUAAGCUUAUGUGGGUAUAAUAAAGUUGAAAAUAUUGACAACAACAACGUUAGAAGCAAUGAGGAUAUUGUACAACAGUGUGCUAAUCUUCUGACGAGAGAUCCAAACACGAGAGCAGCCUUGGCUGGGGCAGUUGCAAAGUAUAUCCAUGAUCAUCAUCGACCAGAUAGACGCUGAAGGAGAAAGUUCAGUAAUUGUGUUGAUUUCUUUAUUUGUGAAGAAAUGUAAGACAUUGAACAAGCUAACUGGGUCGGUGAGGUUGUACUUUUAUUAGAAAUUUUAUA